AGGCUCUUUUCGCUAGUACUCCAUACUGCAAAAGCAACGAAGGGGGCACAGACAGACGCGCUGUCGACCUUCGUGUCGGCAUUUAUUUGAAGAAGUUUUUCACAAUCUGGCGUUAAAUAGCAGGAAAAACGAAUAGAGCAAUAUCGGUUAAUAAUUGUAGAUUUGACAGCGAACAACUUUCCUUCCAUAAGUGCAUUGUCUUCUUCGUCAAGAUACACAUAACUACGUUAGCUUACAUAUUAUUUUUCAUUCCCCAAAGAAAAAACCCGAACUACUUCCAUUUCAACCUCCCUAAAGCAAAGAUGUCUCUCUCGGACGCGGACGUACAGGCGCUUGCCGAAAAGGCAGCAGAUGACGAUGACUACGUCAAAGCUUUUUGCAGCAUGCCUGAGGAGGCACGAAGAAGUCUGGCAGCUGUGAAAGUCCUCAUGCCGAAAUUUCAUGAUGCGGAACCAGAUGAACAAAAGGUGAGUUGUUUGUUGUUGGUGUCUAGUACUCGUGCAUGCGUAUGUUUUGUAGCUGAUUCUAUCGACGUUUUUUACUAAAAUAAAUAAUAAUAUGUACUAUGCCCGAUACAGGGCCAGGAGUCCAGGAUGUGAACCACGACAGCUGCCAAUGAGCAGAAAAGCCUUCAAACUGAUAAUAUUUCAUCCGAAAUCCACAGGAACUUCUCGAUGCCUUUGAGCCCUUGCGCAAAGUGAUUCUGCCAGAAGCAAUUAAGAUGGUUCACAAAAGGCUCAUAGAGUGGUGGAGCAAUCACGAAGCAGAUUCGCAUCAGGGAGAUCCGGUAAGAGAUUUUGUCUAAUACUCCUGAGUAUUCUAGUUAGGGAGUUCCGGUAAGAGUAUUCUAGGUCUCCUGAGUAUUGUAGAUACUACAGAUGAAUCAAAAAUAUGAUCCACCAGACGCUGUUGCAGUUUUUCUUCACAACGAAAUUGUAUUCCCUAGUCUUUCUCAGCACUAGUACCAUCUACUUGUUCACAAUUUUUCUCAAUUCUCUGGCUGCAUUUACAGGGCAAAAUCCUGAUCGAGCUUUUCAAGGAGAUCAACAAUUCGAGUCUCCUACGUUGGGUCCGGGAAGACGAGGAUGUAACUUCUAAGGUGAAAUUCCUCUACGCUCUCGGUUCCUGCAUUGAGUUGAGCAGUAGUAAGACCAAGGCAUUGAAGAACCUGAAGAAAAUGCCAGUGUUGCAGACCUGGUGUCAGCGGCUAGUCCAAAGCUACUUCGACUUUAGCUCGGACGACGAAAAAACAUCCGAGAAAAUCAAAAAGAAAGGAGGCAUCGUCGAAGUUUGGCUGGAGGCGAGGUAAGCCCUUCAUCAAACUACAACAAUAAAUUACAUAUUUUUUUAUACAUAUACAACGGGUGCUGUAAGGCUAAGGUAAAAAAUAGUUGUUGAUAGAAGUGCUGGAUGAGCACCAAAAAGUCGAGUUUUGUUCCUCAGCAAAAGCUUAACACUGGUUCUACCAACAGAAAGCGACGCUCAUUCGAGCUUUGGAAACGCGCCUUAAGAGCCAUCUCUCAGAACCAGGAGAGUAAGGCACAGUUGACGUUGAAUUUUUUGCAAUGUUUCGAACCGGAUAAAGCCAGCAGUGGCCAUUACCCUGCGAAGAUAUUCGACGCUAGACCAGGAAGCAUCAAAUUAGUCAUGGGAGAGCGAAAUCCAUGCUUUGUUGCGUUUCAUCAACUAGUGGAGAAGGAGUGCGAGAAUAAACCGGUAGUGUUCAACAUUUUGCCUAUUCUUCUGAUCAGACCUGCUUCUAAAUCUAAAAAUCCUCAUUUUGAUCAAACUUCAUCACACGACAUUCACCUCCGCCUCUUCACAGAUCUUUACAACUCGAUUUAAUUUUCAUCAAGAAAAACCUACUCCUCCAGCACCAGAUAUUAAUUCUACUCUGAUACAUUCAAAAUUCAAAACUACAGGUAGAGAACUUCUACUGCGAUUACAUCAAGCCUUUGCCAGCUUUUUCGAUUGAUCUUGGGCAGUUUGUGAAGCUGAUUCUAUCUGUGAUCGACCAGAAAUACAAUUGGUUCAACUUGGAGGCAGACGACAGUGGCUGCUACUAUCUCUCACUCAAAGACGCAGGUCAAGAAAAAUUGCGUUCAGUGCACAAGAAACUGCAAGCUCAGAAUCCGGGAAUGGUGAUGAACACAGUGGCUGGAUCAACGACAACUUAUGACCAGGAGAAACUUACUUAUUUUUCGAAGUUUUUUUUUGAAUUUUUUUUUUGAUGAUGCAUGUUGUGGAAAUGUUGGUAAUAGAUCAAAAUCAAAUUACAGCAAGAUGAUGCUGUACUUUGAAAUUGACGCUGACCUACUUCCGCUUCCUCUUCUAAUCCUCACCCGCUGGAGUCGUUCCACCAAGCCCGAAUAUGCCAAUGCCAGCCGGUCUCAAUUUGCCUAUGCCGCCAGCAGUCUUAGGGGGCUCCGGAUCUAAUCCGAAUAUGCCAGAGUAUGUUGUGGAGUUUUUAGUGAGGAAUAGAGGUGUCGGCAAGGACCAGAUCAGUCAAAAAGGCGCAGUAGAACAGCAGAAGAUCUCAAACGUCGUAGCUCAAAAACUCGGAAAAUCCUCUCCGUUUCCACACGCGGCAAUGGUCGAUGGACUAGGAGGAAACUCUUCUUCGAGUAGUGCGGGCAACGGUAAGACAGGAGGACAAGGGGCAGGACGUUGGCAGCCAGGCAAAGGGGGUCCAUUGACGCUACCGAUAGGUCCUGACAGUGGCUGGGGCAACAGCAGUAGUUCAACGUCAGCAUUCGUAGAUGCGAGUCUUGGGGGAAAUAAUUAUGUUGGCCACCUGCACCCAUAUACAUAUUUUAUUUUCCUUGAACGAUAUGUUGAUGAUCGUUUGAAUGAUCUGAUCCUCCAUGUCGUGUCUGAUUUACUAGAUAGUACAACAUCGAAAUACAAAUAGGUUGAGCAGGUUUAUAGUUUUUGAACCACGAAUGGAUGACGUUCUUACACUUUAGGUUGCGCAGGUUUAAUUUUUGAACCACGAAUGGAUGACGUUCUUACACUUUAGGUUGAGCAGGUUUAUAGUUUUUGAACCACGAAUGGAUGACGUUCUUACACUUUAGGUUGCGCAGGUUUAAUUUUUGAACCACGAAUGGAUGACGUUCUUACACUUUAGGUUGCGCAGGUUUAAUUUUUGAACCACAAUUUUAUCUCGUUUUUACACCGUCUCCAGGAUUCUACUAUGGGCACCACUUCUAAUCUCUCUCUAGUGCUGGGAUGUCCGAGGAUGUGAAGUUGGGCUAUGCGUUGAAGCAGUAUGUUCAGGGCUGCCAGCUGAAGCAGGAUCAGGAGUCUGUUCGGAACCUAGCGAUGACGCUGGAAGGCAAGGGAAAAGACUUGAAGAAGCUCUUGCAACUUGCAACAGCGCACGAGGCACAGCAGCAGACAGCAGGCUCAUCUUCAGGUGGUGCAGGAGGAUAUGGAGGUAGCUCAGGUGGUCAAGCAGGGUCAUCUUCAGGCUACAAUAACAACGGCGGAGCAGGAGGUAUGGGCAUGGUCGAUAAAGGUAAAGCCAAAGGCAUCGUCGAUCAGAUCGCAAAGAAUGUUAAGGCAUGCUCCAGCACAAUCAAUUCAUCUUGUUGAAAUAAGGCAUCUUUGGCACAUUGAUUCUAAAGGGGAAAAAGGCCAAAGAUGCGCUUUAGGAUGAAGAUUUGGAGAAGUAGGUCUAAGAAUGGAGGCAAGAAAGGCAAACUAGUGCAUGAUUUGUAUGCCAAGGGGAAAAAUCCCAUCGACAUUAUGGGUGUGCUCAAGCGGUACUCUGAGAUGGGAGAUCAUCCAGAUGCGUCGAAAAGACCACGCUAUGAUCAGUGAGGUUGAGCAUGUGCUCGAUUACUCAAGAAGAAUAAGUACAUAGAAGUUUCACCUUUUUUGUGUAGAUACCAGGAAAAUCGAAGCUCCUGACACGCUUCAUCGAUGUUGACGGUCUUGAUCUUGGCAUGGCUAUAGAGUGACUUUUAGAUAAGUACUUUGUUCAACGACAACUACGUAAAAAUGAUAAUACACACAUUGCGGUUGCAGCUGCUGAAUCAGCGAACUUCUUAUUCAUUAUCUGGUUUCUUUCGACAUGAAGAAAGGGCUGCAAGAAGAUGCGCUGCACCCGUAAAAACAGCUCUUGUUUGACUCCAGUAGGUUAUUCUCCAGUAUGUUUCUUCUAUCACAAAACAAAAAUUAAACGUACUAUUAACAGAACACAUAAGAAAGAGCAUGCUGAAUCAUGUUGAUUAUAUCUUCACGCGCCACCCAUGGCCAUGAUGAAAUUGAAUUUCACGCUUGUAGGUAUGCGAGGUUGUAGUUACUAAUUUUUACCGAAAUAACCCCUCCAUGAUAUCAAUAAAACCGAAGAACACCACUCAUGAUUAAUAUGACGAUAUAGUGUCGUGAACCAGUUCCCCCGCGACUUUCUGACCCGCUUGGUCAACUACUCCUAGACGAAAAGCAGCGCUCCUAGAUGAGCGCGAGCAUUCAACUCUAUCUCUCGAAG